AUGAUGCACGAAAGCUGGUCUCCUGCUCUACUUGCUGAUAUUUUACAAACAAUCACCAAACUUGAGAAAUCAAACAAGCUGGGGUGCACUGCCUAUGUCAGGGGUGACCUGGUGAUCAGCCCGAUAUCUGAAUCGAGUGCGUUGGUGAACGAGAGCCGAAGUUGGAAAGCUGUGGCCUACUGAUGGCGGAACCGGGGAGAGACGGCCGCUCUCCUCGCCGAAACAUUGGAGGUACAGACCCACUGAUGCCCUGCUGCCCCCCCCUGGACCGGCGGGGGUUAUCCCGAUCCAGCCCUGAGGGGCAAUCUCCCUGCCCGAGCCUCUGGGCUAGAAUCUGAUGAGCAGCAAGCAGCGGCACAGCCAGGCAAAAUGGCCGCCGCCACAUGUACUCGAGACAUAGAGAAAAACGACCUCGAAGCCAAGCUGGAUGAGCUAUUCGCCAGGUUUUGGAGAAGGAUAAUAAUCCGGGAGCUUCAGGCCAAGGCACACAAGGUCGCCACCACGGUGCCGGUGAACCCCCAGCAUGAGCGCACACCUCCACCUGUUAUCAAAGCAUGCAAACUGCGCCGGGGACGGCAAAAUAGAGGAUCCCGAAAGCCCAAGAGUCUACUACUGCUAAUGGCGGCAACCCACCCACACCAGCACCAGGCGAAACGAGACCUACCUGGGAAACAGCUGCGGCACACUGUGUCAAUCCAGGACUGGUCACGACCAAGGGAUCCCAGGCAGACUGCACCACAACUCCUCAGCCAACACCAGCAAGCAGCCUACCCUCGCCCGGGUAGAUCCUGGAGGAGACACCACUGCCGGCAGUACACUGCCUCACAUGGCCUCACACAUGCUAGCAGGUCCGCCCCAUGGGGCUCAGAUCUCGCUGUUAUGAAGACCUCCUGCAUUGUACGGAUCGGUUGGAUACACCAUAGCAGGGUAGCAGAGCAACUGGAACCCAGCGCAAGACCGCCAAGCGGCAUUGGAUGA